AUGGACACGUGGCCCCGGUUAACUAUCCAUGAAAAUAUCGAAGACUACUGGCCCCGGCGGCUAUUACACAUACCAACAUUGACAUCAGUCGAGAGACACGAGCACAACGCUUAUGGAACAACGGAAACGCCAAGAUAUAGCAUCCUCACUUACACUUGGAGCCGCUGGAAAAUCAAAGAUGACGACCACGCCGUCCCUGGGUUGCCGAUGAAGGGCGCUCUGUGGAAGAUUCCCUCGACACGAGAGUCUCACUUCACAUUGGACUCGUUCCGAACCGUCAUUGAUUUCAUAGCGUUUGAGGACGUUGGUUGGGCUUGGGUCGAUGUUGCUUGCAUAGAUCAAGAAGACGAGAUCAUGAAUGCGGAGGAAGUUGGUCACCAGAUCGCCAUUUUCGACAAGGCAGUCAAAGUGCAUGUUUGGCUAUGUGAAGUAACACACGAGAGUCUUACGAAGGCAUUCCGUGACAUGAAAAACAGCGGAUUGGCAGGCCUUACUUUCAACACCUUCAGCGAAGUGAAGAGCCCGGUCACGCCUUUGUUCACAACUUGGGAAGACGUUCACCAUGAUGAGAUUAGGAUGGCCGUCGUACGCAAAACUAUUGACCGUGUCAAUUCUGGGCUCCAACAUGUACUUAAAGAUCCCUGGUUCUCAUCUUUGUGGACCUUGCAGGAAGCAGUGUUGCGCAAAGAUGCUCUGAUUCUAAGUGCAGAAGGGCUUCCCUGCGCUUGGAACACAUCCGAUGACGGCUUGAAGUACCAAGGCUAUCUCGCAAUGCUCGUCAACUUUUGCAACAGCAUCUACGCGGACGUCGCCAACAUACUAUGA